AUGAGAAGAAAUAAUAACAAGCAGGCUAUCAAGCUAAAUAAGGCGAAAAUAGCCUUGCAGCUUGAGGACUCAAGCGAAUAGAUCUCAAAGUGGAGAGUAGAAAAUAGCAGUCACUAUCAUAACUUAAGGUCAACCUCCUAGGUGCAUGGCUCUAAGACUUCGAGUAAAAAUAUUAUAAAGGUUCAUAAGUAGUUUGAAGAACUGCAAUUCUAACAACAAUUAAACCCUGCAAAUAACGACUCCCUCUUUGAAGAGCUUAUAAUUAAGCAUUCUUACCAGUCACCAUCUCACAUGGCUACUAAUCCACUAAUUAAUGUGAGAGAUAAGUCUAUGGAAUCGAGGAUAAGAUUGCAAUAUCAUGUCUAAAAUGCUACUGAAACUGAGACCGCCUCAUUUGAAUAAAAUCCAUUGACGAAUCCCAAAAUGAAUAAAGUAUCUCCGAAAUCUAAAAUUUCAGCUACCAUUCUCAGAAUGCCCAUAGUUUAGCAGGAUUUGAGAAACUCGCCUAAUAGAAACUAAACUAUUAACUCAAUAGCAAGCAAGGGCAAUCAUCAGUAUCUUUCUUCGUAGGAGGCUGUUAACAGUGCGCAUGGAGGGAUGAAUAAUAAUAAUUCUACUCUAUCUUACAGGGAUGGUCAAUUGAGCACUCACAGAGGGGAUAUCACACAUAAGUAGUAGCAAUAGUUGCUUAAGAUUGUUGAGGACUAUAAAUAAAAUAAUUCUUAUAAUAACGCAACUAAAAUAAUUAACUUUGGCUCAUUUCUUGGGUAAAAGAAUGCUUAAGGCCUCGGUAAUAACUAAAGCAACAAUUAUAACAACAAUAAUAGCCAUUUCAAGUCUAAGGACUAUGAAGAAAAGAGUACAUACCAGCCUAUUCACUCAAAGAGAAUGAAAAUAAAUAAUCAAGUAAACUCCUAAAACACACAAAGUUUCUCAAAAGCUAUGAGUUCGCAUAGAAAAUCUAUACAGCAAGAAUAUGAGAAUCUAUACUUACACUCAAAGAUGUCUUCUUAAGAACAGUUACAGGAGAAUAAUGGAAAUAACAGCAAUUGGGUGAAUUCCAACAUGCUUAAAACGAGAGGUAGAAAAAUGCCUUUUUCCCAUUGGAAUGAGUCAGCUUAAAAGUAAAAUAGCAAGAGAGCCAGAACAUCACCACCUUAAAAACAAAAGUAUGAUCCAAGUUAAAAAAGAGGUAGUGAAAGCCCAAAAAAAGAUAUAACUACUUCCCCUCGUAAUGAGCAAAUAAUUGUGAAGCAGAUGUCAACAAACAAUAUGACUAAUUUAACAGAUGAGACUGUUAUGAGACCAGUCUCAUUUGACAAUAAUAAAGACAAAUCAAAUUAAGAUCUGACUCCAAAGAAAAGUAGUAUGGAAUUAAAUCAAUAAGAACAUUUAAAAGAUUCCCCAAGUUCCACAGCUAAAUUUAAAACUGAGUUCAAGACACUAGAUUCUAAUAACAUGGAUGAUGAGCUCAAGCAAAUAACUAAAAUCUAUGGUAAAUUCCACCCACAUCCACUGCCUAUCAAAGUAACUGGCGGCAAAAGACUCUCGAGUCAAUUAAGUUAGAAAAGAGGCAGUGAUGCUAUAUAUCAAUAAAUAAUAAUGUCUUAAACUCAGUAUAAGAAGUUUAAGAAUAACAAAUUUUUAUUCAAGGAUGAUAUAUAUCUUAAUCAAGAUUCUGAAUAACUUAAAAAACAAAAUUUAGAACUUUUUUAUAAGUCUAGAGAUCAGACUAACAGAGAGAAAUACAUUGAAUUCUUGAAGAAAAAACUUAUGCUGACCCAUAAUUAAACAGAACCGAAUACUAUAGAGUAGACUACCAAUCCAACGACUUCUCAAUCUACUUACCUUGAGCAAACUUCUAAGAUUCAAGAUAUCUCAUUCUUGUAAGGAGACAGCAGCUAUUUUUUUGAAACAGGAAAAUUAUUCGAUAGAUUUCAAGAUCUCAAUAGAUUUAAAAAGCUAUUAUAAUUUGACCCAGAUUCUCAGGUCAAGAAAUCUGAGAUUACUCAAUCCAGGAAAAAUGAAUUUCUUUUGAAAAUAAGAUAAAAAAUUAAGUAAAAUGAGAACUAGCCAUUGAUGUUACAAGAUGAUUCAAAAUUAACACCAUUAGCUUCAACUCACCAUAGAAAUAUGACUUAAUUAGUCAACCUAAGGUCUUUGGCCACUAAGCAUAAUGAUCCUAAUGAUUAUCUUGAUUAUUUGGCUAGUAAGAGAUUAGUUUUGCCUGCUCUUGGUGAUGAUUAAGUAAAUGGGAGUACAACUUUUUAUGGAUCAGUAUUGAGUCAUGGUGAUUUCGGGAAAGAUGUAGAAAGUUUUGAUAAGCCUGUAGAAACUCAAAUCAAUUUCCACUAGUAUGAAGAAAGAGCUAGGAAUGGAAGUAGCUUUCAAAAAGUUAUGAGAGACUCUGUCAAAUUCAACAAAAAUUAAACUUAGAGAUUAUAUAGCUAAAGCAGUGGGUUCUAUAAUGAUAGAGAUGAUAAAAGUUUGAAACUAAAGGUAUCUGCAAAUGUAGAUUUUGUGAAGGAUAAAUUAGAUAUGAGCUUAUUAAAAAAGCAAAAAAUGAGAAGCAGAAGAGAGGAAAGAGUAAGACUGCUAGGCAAAUAGUUUUAUCAGCAAUAAGAAAAGCAAAAACAGCAUGAUCUAGUUCAAGACCAAAAAAGAAAAGAACUUGAAAACUUUCUAAGUAAAAUAAACUGA